AAUAAUAAUAAAGUCCACUCUCAGGAUCUUACUCCAUCACAGAUCCCACACUCUUCAGCUUUUCGGGAAUCUUAAGCUUCCCCUUUCGCCACCGGGGGAAUUACAGCUAGGAACUCGAGAGUAGGAGAUCGCCAGACGUCCAAGUAUGAGUCUGGCAUGUAUUGUAUGCAAUAGCGUAGAGAGUCCCUCACACUCAUUUAGGAGCUACUCGGUUUCAAGUUCAGACAACGAGGGAAGAUGUUCAGCAAUGGCCAACUGCCUAGUUUGGAGGCCAUCUUUCCCUCCAACACACCACCACCCGUCAUACGCAGCAUCAGCCAAGGUAACUCCACAACCAACAAUCACCAACAGCAAUGGGUUGGAUGGUACCCCAAGACUGGUGCGUAGCCGAGCAGUAAGAAGGGAUUUAGUACGAGACUGGAACUUCGACGAGGUCGGUGUAGUUCAGCAUUAGUAUGUUUUUCAGUUGAGAAGAGGGAGGAGAGGGUAGGGUCUUCAUAUGGCAUAGUGAUGGCCUGAAAUGGAUGGAUGUGGGGUAGCAUCUUGCUUCCUAUGUAUUUUUGUUUUCUUAUGGGUACAAACUGAACUCACAUUUCCAUUGGGGGAAGAGUUUGCACAUUUGUAAGCAUGAGAAAAUGGGAUUUACCACACUUUGUUUAUAUUAUUACCUACUUACUACUCACAUUCAUAGGAGGCAGGCCUUGGGAUGGGUUUAAGUUUAACUAGGUUUGUAAACUUGGAUGGAAUUAUUCCUUUAAAAGUUUUCCAAGAUAUAUACACCAAGUUUAUUUACCCAUGAAAAUUCAAGGGUGCGUUUGGUAA